GUCAGCCUCGCCCUAUCCCUCUAAUCCCUCCCAACCACGUCCUAUCCACAAUCCCUCCCGGCCUCCCCCUACUGCACCCGCCAUCCAGCACCACAGCUCACACCCCGCCGAGCGCGAGAGUUCGUCAGGGUCGCCUCCAUGGCGGUGGCCGUCUCCACCUCACUGUGCAGCGGCUCAGAUCACCUCGUUCUGAGGUCGACAUCUCUGGACAACCAUCUCUGCCGCUCGCUCCUCGGGGGGCGAAUCGCCGGGCAAUGUCGGCGCCGAAGGCUGCCGGUCUUGGCCGCCGCUCGCAAGCCGCCGGGGGAGGCAGAGGAGAAGGUCCCCGCGUGGGCCAAGCCCGGCGCCGACGAGCCGCCGCCCUGGGAGCGCAAGGGCGGGGCUGUGCAGGGGCAGGAAGCCGGACAGGUGCCGUUCUACGCAUACCUGCUCGCGUCCGCGGUCACCGCCAUCGCCGCCAUCGGCUCCAUCUUCGAGUACACGAACCAGCGGCCGGUGUUCGGGAUCAUCGGCUCCGACAGCGCCCUGUACGCGCCGCUCCUGGGCUUCUUCGUCUUCACCGGCAUCCCGACCUCCGGGUUUCUGUGGUUCAAGGCUGUGCAGACGGCGAACAGGGAGGCCGAGGAGCAAGACCGCAGAGAUGGAUUCCUGUGACUUCAAUUCAUUUGCCGGUGCAGAAGAGCAGCACAACAUCGACGGGCAUACUUUGCAUCGGCUGAUGUAAUGUAUCUGUAUUUUAGAACUGAAGAGAGCUGAUCAAUUUGCAGCGGAGGAAAAAAAGAAUAAGUGCAGAUUAAAGAGGGUUUUUCUAUAUGCUUGGAGUAAGGUCUUGAGUGUCAUCAUAUGAAUGGAAAAUAUUCGUUUCCUUGGUUUAAAAUAUAAUGUGUUUUGCACUUGAACUGAA